AGGAUUUCACUCCAGUUCCAUCUAAGGCUUCACCACCUCCAAACCCAGAAAAAACGUUUCCUCCAUAUACUGGGUUUGGUUCUGAAGAGGAUUCUCUGUGCUCCUGUAUGGGUCUGCUUCCCAAGCCUCCCCAGAAAGAUUUCAAGAAAUUCAUGGAGAAAGACAGAAGUGGCAUGGAAAGUAACAUACUGCGCUUUCUUGCAAAACUUGUCACAGAUAGUCCUAUUGACAAGGAUCGGAAAUUCAUUAUUUCCUACUUCCUGAGUGAUGACACCAUUUCGAUUUUUGAACAUAUACAGCGAAACUCAGGGAUACUUGGUGGGAAGUUCUUGGAAAGAGGUCGCAUUAAGAAGCCUGGGCAGGAGCUCUUUAAGAGUGAGCCAUCUGAAUACUUCAAGGCUCAGGAUCUGUUUGUCGGAGCCAGAGUUUGUUUCCAUGGUCACAACUUCCUUUUGGUGGAUGCUGAUGAGUACACAUUCAACUACAUGGAGAAGCAUGCAAAUGAGUUUUCCGUGGCUGAUAUUGGAGUUAUCCUCAAGAAACUGAAAGACAUAGCUGAACCUCGUUCCCGAGAAAUCAGACAGAUGUUUUCAGCCACCGACCCUGAGCAUACCGAGAUGAUCGGGUAUAACCCUUUCAGGAAUUUGAUAAUCAGUAUCACUGAUGGGGCAUUUUCAGAACACGAAAUCGUGACUCUUGGACGCUAUUACAGCGUGAGAGAUGAAUAUGAAAUGGCCCCCCACUUCCUCCUUGCAGUGGCUCAAGAACAACUAAAGAAAAACAGCUUUGAGAAUUUUGAACAACUGUCUGCGGUACUUAUAUACAAUGACCGUGAAAAAUGUGGAGUGCUGCCCCACGAGAUGUGCAGGACUGUUUGCAAGUCCUUUAAGUUGCCUCUGGCUGAUGAUGAUCUGCAAGCUUUACUGACCAUGUUUGAAGAUGACCGUAAGCAAGUGGAAUAUAAAAAGUUUGUGGAUGGGCUGAACUGGAGGAAGAAUCAAAUCCCUGCUUUCCAGACAAUAAAGGUUCCUCUCAAGAAUGAAGAUGACUGGAGUGGACAACCACCAUUCCUUCCUGUGAAAGGGAUCAAAUACUUACCUCUUCUGGAAGACCUGUUUGGCAAGGAAGACUGCCUCUGUAUUAGUGUUUCAGCUCCAAAGCUUCCUUAG